AUGGCCUCUCCUUCGUCUGCAAGCACUCGAUUUGAAGAAAAUGAAACAGAUUGGCCAUACCCGUCUCGUGCAGCCAAGAGACGCAAGCGCACAUCCGCUACGGGUACUUCAGGCCCAUCGCCUCGUGAGAUCGGAUUCAUGAGAGAGUCUCAGAAUGAUGGGUCUGCUACAUUUAUUGGAAGUUCGAGUGGAAUUCACUUCAUUCGGCACGUUUACAAUGCUUUUGCUCGCCGAUCCGCAGAUUUGGAUCAGACACGAACCCGUGACCGAACCUCCGUCCCAGGCGAGGACGACCGUCUACGGCAAAAUGCAGGAAAUGUUCACAGGUCAGAUGAUCUGUGGACUCAUGAUGAAUUGGACUUUGCGCUGAAUGCCUCAUUUGAUUUCAAUGACCUCAUCAAGUGGACGCGCAGCUAUUUUGAGAAUUGGCAUCCAAUUUUCCCUUGUCUGCAUGCUCCCACAGUCUUGAAAAUCAUGGAGACUGUGAGCCAAAAGGGAGUGGAAUCAAUCAGUCGACUGGAUAUGUUGAUUCUUCGAUCUAUCAUUUCCAUAUCCCUCGGUGAUAAUCGGCAAACAACAGUAUUAGGGUCCAAGUUAGGUACCAUUCCUUCAGUCUUGGUCUUUCACACUAUACCUCAUGUUAUGCAUGAAGUACAAAGCUUACUUGAAGAGCCUACUACACUUUCAUUACUGCAAGCCGCAUUCACAGCUCAACUUGCUCUCACUUCACUUCUCCGCCUCAAUGCCGCUUCGCGUGUCGGAGGAGUUAUCACUCGAACUGCAUUUCACCUUGGGUUGCAUCGCUGUCCAGGGCGAUUUUCAUGCUUCACCAAUCAAGAGGUGGACAUUAGAUGCCGGCUAUUUUGGUCAAUCUACUCCCUAGAGAGGUAUUUGUCCCAAGCUCUUGGGAUCCCUCUCAGCAUUAGAGAUGACGACAUCGAUGUCUGUUACCCAGGCACUGAGCGACACGCGUCAAACGUUCCUAGAAAAAUAGAUGAUCCCAGACUACGCCUAGUAUGUCAUCUUGCAAAGUUUUCACGGGUACGAGGUUUGAUUGUGGAGCUUCGCAACAAGUCUAUUCUGCACAGUCAUGCCAGUCAGGCCGAGGCAGCCCACGUUUCUGGAGAGCUCUCAAAAUGGUGGAACGAAGUCUAUGAUGAUGCAAACCCGAUUGAAGAGCCUGCAGAAACAUGCAUCGAACAAGAAGUACUCUUGCAACCCUAUCAUCGCUUGCUUUUGAUAGUCCUACGGCACGAAGCUAUCAUCUCACUCAAUCGGCCUCUUUUAGCUGCCGAAAAGCCAAGUGCUGAUUAUAAAAACGCAUUACAAACGUGCAUUGCCUCAUCACGAUCAAUAGUUGCAGCUUUGAAAAAACACAUAUCCUCUCCAUCUGAAUCUCCACUCUCCUGGCCGUGCUUUACAUGGUCCACUUGGAUGGCAUGUCUGAUUCUGAUGUAUGCAGCAUCUGAAGAAGAAUUUGCCGCACCUACCGCUAUCAAGUACGCCAGAAUGGGGAUUGCCAUUUUGGAGAACUUGUCAUUGCGCGGUAGUAGCUGGCCUGAAACCUGCAUUGAGGCCAUCAAAGGGAUGGAGUCUGCCUUGACACAGAUGCCUACAGGUGUACAAUUCAAGAUUGCUUCAACCUCAAAUGGAGCUGAAGGAUCUGCCCCACCGGGAAAUCUCAUUGACAGAAGAAUGUCCCGACUUUCGCCAAUUCAGGAUAGAACCAACGGCACUGGGGAUAUAAGUAUCACGCCGGUCCGUUCUCAGAACUUACAGAAGAAUACAUAUCAAGAGCAGCCGACUUCCGUGGGAAUUCAACCCUUUGGCUCUACUAUUCGCUCGACUGCGGGUUCCCCCGCAGUAGACAAUUAUGAUUCGGCUAUCGUUUCGCCAUCAGUCAAUAUGGGCAACUUCCCUGAGAUGAUGGACCCUACUGGAAACAACUUCAAUGGGCAGUCGUCAGCUGGGCUCAUAUUUGGAAACACAACGGACAACAUUGGUGUCUUCAACACGAGUUUUGCGGGCCAAGACUCCUUGCCGUUGACCUCAUCAAUGUUGAUGAACGACUUAUGGAGUGUUGCCGACGGUCCUUGGAUGAUCCACAACAACUUCCUGUGA